AUGUUAGAAAACAGUGAAAUUAGAAAAAAUUUUUAAGUUGUGAGCAGCUUUUUAUACACAUUAACCAGAUCUGAAUCAAAAACUGAUGAAGAAUUUGAAAGAAAGUACAAUGUUUAUGAGACAUUGUUAAGUACAAAUCAAAGAUGGGGCAGAAAUACAUAGUUCGUUAUUUUAGGUGGAUUAGUAGCUUACUGUUUGAAGGGAAACAACAUUCCAAUCAAGCUAACUGGCGGUUUUCUUUAUGGAUAUUGGAUACAACACUUCUACACCUUAGGUUCUUAUGCUGGCGUUACUCUGAAACUCCCAUGUAAGAAUAGCAUUAAAUAUUUUAAAUAUUAACAAAUUAAAACAAUGAAAAUAUAUCAAAUUUUGCUUAAUACGGUAGAAGUGAAAACUAAAAUCUAUAAAAUUUGA